AUGGACGCCUGCUCCCUCGUCCGCCGCCAUCUGCCACGGCCACUACAGCUCCCGCUCAUUGCGCCUCCAAUUCCCAGCCGCCGGCGCCACCGCCGCGUCGCCAGCGCCGUGGUCCGCUGCUGCUGCUCCGCCGCCGAAGCAGACCACCACCAGGAGCGUCCCUGGGAGUGGUACGACCGCGCCAUCCAGUCCCAAGCGGGGUCCGACCUGGCGCGCUCCCUCGACCUCCUCGCCGACAUGCAGGCGUCGGGGGCGCGCCCGAGCGCCGGCGCGUACGCGCGCCUCAUCCGCGCGCUGUCCCGCGCGGGCCGCGCGCUGGAGGCCGAGGCGCUCCUCCUCGAGAUGCGCCGCCUCGGCCCGCGCCCGGACGCCGCGCACUACAACGCGCUCCUCGAGGGCCUGCUCGCUGCCGCUUGCCUCCGCCUCGCCGACCGCCUCCUCCUCCAGAUGGCCGACGACGGCGUCGCCAGGAACCGACGCACCUACACGCUCCUGCUGGGCGCGUACGCGCGCGCCGGCCGGCUCGAGGACUCGUGGUGGGUGCUCGGCGAGAUGAGGCGCCGGGGCAUCCGCCUCGACACCGCCGGGUAUAGCGUGCUCGUGCGGCUGUACCGGGACAAUGGCAUGUGGAAGAAGGCCACCGACCUCGUCAUGGAGAUGCAGGAGGUUGGGGUGGAGCUGGAUGUUAAGAUCUACAGCGGCCUGAUCGAUACGUUCGGCAAGUAUGGACAGCUAGCGGACGCGCGCAGGGUGUUUGAUAAAAUGCGCGCCGAAGGCGUCAAGCCGGAUAUAUCGACUUGGAAUGCCUUGAUUCGAUGGCAUUGUCGGGUGGGGAACAUGAAACGCACUCUGCGGUUCUUCACCUCCAUGCAGGAGGAAGGGAUGUACCCGGACCCGAAGAUAUUUGUUAUGAUCAUCAGCCGGUUGGGGGAGCUUGGGAAGUGGGAUGAGAUCAAGAAGCUGUUUGAUGGCAUGAAGAAUCGAGGUUUCAAGGAGAGCGGUGCAGUGUACGCAGUAUUGGUUGACAUUUACGGGCAAUAUGGCCAUUUUCGUGAUGCACGGGAGUGUAUAGAUGCUCUUAGAGCUGAGAAUACGCAGCUUUCGCCUCGUGUGUUUUGUGUCCUUGCCAAUGCUUAUUCUCAACAGGGGUUGUGUGAACAAACUGUAAAUGUACUUCAGUUAAUGGAGGAAGAAGGAUUUGAGCCAAACCUUGUUAUGCUGAAUUUGUUAAUCAACGCUUUUGGCACUGCUGGAAGGCAUUUGGAGGCACUAGCUGUAUUCCAGCAUAUCAAGGAUAGUGGUAUGAGCCCAGAUGUUGUGACAUACACUACGCUUAUGAAAACAUUCAUGAGAGCAAAGAAAUUUGAAAAGGUAUCUGAAGUAUACAGAGAAAUGGAACGUGCUGGAUGCACUCCUGAUAGAAAAGCCAGAGAAAUGUUACAUGAUGCAAAUGUAGUUCUGGAACAAAGAGGAUGUUUCUAUUGA